UCUUCAACUUUUGCGGUGCGGUGUGUGGUUGUUGUUGCGGUGUAUUUAUUCGGUAUAUGUGUGAGUGCGCGCGGGGCAGAGGUGAUCGGUGUGGCCGCGGAGUGGCACCGCUGACUGCUGGCAGUGUUGGGAACGGAGUGCACGGAGUAAACUGAGCGAGCGCACCGUACAGUUGCGGUGCAACGACGCGCGGACGGACGCGGACGACGGGUGACGACGGACGACGGCGGUGGCGUGGCGGUUCGCUUCGGGUUCGUUCCGUUUCAUGUUGUGCCUUGUUCGUGAAAUUGCGCGACACUAAACGAAAUCCAGAUUGUAUUACGCUGCCACCUUUGCUUGUCGUACGUUAGACGGUUCUCGCGCCCUACAACCACUUGUGGAUACGCGAAUGCGAAUCGCCGGCUCGAGAGUUUCAUGAAAAAAAAAAAAAUUGCCAAUUUUUUUACGUAAAAUUCGAAAAUAUCAAUUUCGCGCGUUUUUUACGAUUUUUUUUUUUUUUGAAUCAAUUUUUUCCAAUUUUUUUCAAGUUGCAAUGUCGCCGACCGCUGCCGAUAAUUCGAUAUCUCAAGACUAUAGUUUUCAUUAAUACAUAAUAUAAUAUUUGUUUAGUGUUUUUUAUCAAUUUUUUUUCACCUACGGGUUGGUUUGUUUUUGUUGUUGUUGUUGCUGUUGUUGUUGUUAUCGUUGGUUUAAUUUUUGAUCGCGAAUUUCGCGAUUAGUGGUAAUUUAUUUUUUUCAUCGGUUUGGUUCGUCGAUUUUUUUUGAUUUUUUUUUUUUUACUUUUUUGUUUAAUUUCGCCACGAUUGGUUCUCUGUUGAAUCGUGUGCCCGUCGAGUUAUUCAAAACGGAGUUUAAAAUCCCGCUAAGGACAUGAUUAUAUCUAAGGACUUGUUCCUGCUUGGUGAUCAAGAUUAUCUCCGAUUGCCGAAAGAAGAAAAACGAGUUGUGAUGGCCACAAAACCCAGUGUCGCCGUUGAUCAAAGAGGAGAUAGCGUACAUGUACCAUGUCUGUCAGCUGAACAGCGGCAACACUUGCCUCAUAAACCACUCGAGUUGAUUUUCACCGGCGUCACAGUCACCAUACAGAAAAGAUAUAUUUUACGCGAUGUCAGCGGUAUCGUCAAACCUGGACAAUUGUUGGCUGUUAUGGGACCGUCAGGCUGCGGCAAAACCACAUUACUCAACUGCUUGGCCGGACGAACGAAACUGGACUCGGGUACGAUACGCCUGAAUCGAGAACGAUUGAACAAACGAUACAAACGGAAAAUAUGCUACGUUUUGCAGCAAGAUAUCUUUUUUCCCGAUCUGACUCUGAGGCAGACUUUACAAUACGCCGCUUUGUUAAGAUUACCGGAUUCGUUGACGUAUCAACAGAAAAUGCAAUAUGUUGAUCAUAUCAUCGACGUGUUGGAUUUGGUCAGCUGCCAACAUACCAUUAUGGGUGAUUAUAUGAAGAGAGGUUUAUCAGGAGGUGAAAAGAAACGAGCCAAUAUCGCCUGCGAACUAUUAACGAACCCGGCACUGAUGUUAUUAGACGAACCGACUUCGGGUUUGGAUUCGCACGCUGCAUAUCAUUUGAUGUCUUCCUUGAAGAAAUACGCGGAAAAUGAGAAUAAAACGGUGGUCGUCACCGUGCACCAGCCGUCUUCGCAGAUUUUUCACAUGUUCGAUAAAUUACUGCUGUUGUGUAAUGGCCAGACUGCUUAUUUUGGAGAUGUGAACAAAGUUGUAGAUUUUUUCAGCAAUAUCGGACUGGUUGUCAAGCCUCAUUAUAAUCCAGCUGAUUUUAUAUUAGAACAAGUCAAAGGAACCGAAGAAAUGAAAGAGAAAAUAUUAAAAGCAUCCAAAGAAGCUCGUAUGCAUCCAGAUUAUCCUCACGAAUUACAGCAAGAUCUCUAUGGGAACGCAUUAUGUCAUCAAUAUUUAAACAAUUACGAUCAUAAUCGCAUUCGAGUCAACGGUCACGUACAGACUAUAAAUGCUCCGGAUUUAUGGUGCGAUAAUGUAAUACAUUCGAAUUCUCAUUCACAUUUAUCCGGUACGUCGAUACAUUCACCAAAUGAUCUCUGCGUUUCAAUAUGCCAAAAUCAUUCGCCCGAUAAUAACACAUGCGUUUAUACCGCGUUAGCUAUGAAAGAAGAGGAAGGUAAAACGUUUUGGUUGGAUAGCCAGAGUCACGCUUCUUCCUCAGUCAGUAGUUCCGAUUAUGAUUUCUCGUGGCAGUGGCCGACUUGUUUUUGGACUCAAUUUAAGGUUUUAAGUCAACGUAACUUUCAAGAAGCCAGACCCCGUAUGUUAUCGACAUUGAACUGGGUGCAGACGAUAGCUUUAGGUAUUAUGGCCGGCUUAUUAUGGUUCCAAUUACCGCGAAGCGAACAAGCCAUACAUGACAUACAAGGAUGGAUGUUCUUUUCGACCACGUAUUGGAUGCUGUUCGCUCAUUUUGGUGCUCUUUAUUCUUUCCCAUCGGAACGCGAAGUCAUCAACAAAGAACGUCAAAGUGGAGCGUAUCGAUUAUCCGCGUAUUACCUCGCUAAAAUGGUCGGCGAAUUACCUUUAACAAUCACACUGCCCGCUAUCUAUCAUCUAAUCUCGUAUCCGAUGCUCGGUGUACAUAGCACCAAAGUGUUCUUCCUGCUGCUCGCAUUUUUAUUACUCAAUACCAUCGUUGCCCAAAGCGUUGGAUUUUUCAUCGGCGCAUGUUGCAUGGAUAUGCAAGUAUCAGUCACUAUAAGCGCUAUUUACACGCUGGCUACGCAACUGUUCGGAGGAUACUUGGCCACCAACAUACCUCCUUGGUUUACAUGGAUGCAACGUCUUAGUAUGGUUCACUACGCCUAUCAGAAUAUGCAAAUUGUCGAGUUCAGCGAAGGAUCGCAUAUUGCAUGCGCAACUCAGUCGAAAUUCGACGUUUGUAAAACCUCGUCUCACAUUCCGGUAUCAGAUAUACUAGCGAUUGAAGGAUCCGCAUUGCCUUUAUGGUUAAAUACGUUAAUUCUGCUCGUCUUCCUUUUAGUUUUUAGAAUUUUGGGCUACGUCGUGUUACGUUAUUUCCGGAGGCCUAAGUAAAACACCUUUGAUUAGUUGGCUGUGAAAAAAUUUUAACCUUUCAUUUUUAUCAUUUUUUUUUCUCUUUCUCUAUAUUUUUUUUCUUUCUCUUAUUAUUUUUUUUUCUCUUUAUUAUUGUUUAUUUUAUAGGUAUCAUUGUACGUGUAUAACAAUCGGCUAAUUUAUUUUUGAAUUAUCGGCUGUGCCCCUGUUUUUACUUUUUAGCGUGUAUUUUUUUUCCUCUUUUUAUGUAUGUGACGACGACAAGCGCGUGAUUUCUUUCUUUCUAUUAUUUUUUUCUCUCUCUCUCUCUCUCUUAUGAAUAUCUAUGUACAGUGUAUAGUAUCAUUUUUUGACCGUGCUCCCCUCAUAUGUGUGUAGUCCCCUCCCCCGCUAUUUACUUUGCACCGUAGCGUCGGAAUAAUUUAUUUUUUUACCCCCGAGAAAGAUUAUAUUAGGGCUGAGCCCCCUUUUCCCCCACUUACAUACACAUAUUUUUCUCUUUCUCUUUUCUUUUUUUUUUGUAAUUUUUAUUUUAUUAUCUUUCUUUUUUUUUGUAAUUUUAUUCGCAAUUUUAUCGAUUAUUUUUUUUUUCUUGUGAGUAAUGUUUGUUCGUUAUAUAAUGUUUGUUAUUAUGUGUUCCUUUCGACGUGAUAUUUUCUAUCAUUGUUUUAUUUUGUAUACUUUUUAAUUCUUCUUCUUCCUAUGUCUUAAGCGAUAACGGAUUUUUAAACCAAGAGAAAAAAAAUCUAGUAAUAUUAUCAAUACCCUUUUUUUUUCUCUCAGUCUCUCUUACCUUUUAAUAUUAUUCUGUGCAGCGUGUGUCUUUUGUCUUCCUUUUUAUUUUCUUGUUUUCGUUUCUUUUUUUUUCUUUCUUUUUCUUUUUAUUACUCUGUCGUGUCCUUGGAAUCAGCGAGGUUUUUAAUAUGUAAUUAUAUAACUCUUUAUUGGCUUUAAUAUCGCAGAUAACACAGAUAGUACGAACAAGUUACCAAAAUUAUUACGAUUGUGGUCGACGACGACGUUGACUUUUCACGUGUACUAUUUCCGACGCUACUUUAUUACAUAGAAUUAGUGACCAAAAAAGCAAAGAAAAAAAAAAUCAUUCCUCGUUUUUGUUUCUCCUUUUUCUGUACUAUUUUUAAAUUAUUAAUUUACAAAUAAUCUGGGCGCAGAUUUAUCUACAAUUGUGUAUUUUGUGUUCAUGUGCGUUAUCACAUUCAAAGAAUUAAUACUCAUGUAAACGAAGGAAACUCUGACGAAUCGCCACAAGUAGUGUAGUGAAAAUUAAUGUGCGAAGGAAAAUGCUUAUUUACUCACCGCGUAUCGCAUUUUGCAUUUGUUUGUGUAUUUCUUUUUUUUUCUAUUUAGCUGAAAAUCUAUUUAAACGAAUUGUCUUUCAACGUUCCCUUCCAAUUGAUAGACAUUUUUUUUUCGUCUCUGUAGAGAUUUUCAGUAUUUUUGUAAUAAUGAAAAAAAAAGCAGCACGUCGUAUAAUUGAAUGGAUUAUUUUGUGAUAAUUAUUUUCUUUUUAUUUCUUCUUUUUUUUUUUGUAUUUUUAAUACGUUAUCUUUUUUUUUCAUCACUUACUAAAAAAAAAUUUUGUUAUCCCUCUUUAUCGACGAGUACUUUGUAAUUUUUUAAAUUUUGUACAGCGUUGAAUGUUAUCGCUUUUCUUUCUAUAUUUAUUAUUAUUUUGUAUUAUGUACUGUGUAAAUAAUUAUAUACUUUUUUUUUUCAAUACAUUCAGGACAAUGUACCUUUAUGAUUAGGAACGGAUGUUCGCUAAUAUCUGUUUUUCUUUUUCUUUUCGCGUUAAAGUCAUUAAUUGUAUAUCGUAAAAUAAAUAUUUGAAAAAUUA